CAGGCUCGACAUCUCUGCAUUCUGCCUAAGUAUGCCAAUCGUGACACCACUGACGAAGUUGCUGGGUAUCCGCGUCCCAGUUGUGCAAGGGGGUAUGCAGUGGGUCGGGGUGCCUCAACUUGCAGCAGCCGUGUCAAACGGUGGAGGACUCGGGAUAUUGACCGCUCUUACCCAACCUAACCCUGACGCUCUCCGUGCUGCGAUACGGGAGACGCGCACACUUACUGACAAGCCGUUCGGCGUUAACAUCACGCUGCUGCCUAGCAUCAAUCCUCCCGACUAUGCAGGUUAUGCCAGAGCUGCAGUGGAGGAGGGGGUGAAGGUUUUUGAGACAGCUGGGAACAACCCCAAGCAGCUCGUGGAUUAUUUGAAGGCAAACGGCUGCACAGUUAUCCAUAAAUGCACUACCAUAAGACACGCCAAAGCUGGCGCCCGGAUGGGGGUCGACAUGCUCAGCAUCGAUGGCUUUGAAUGCGCUGGGCACCCGGGAGAGGAGGAUAUCGGCGGAUUAGUUUUGUUAGCAAGGGCAGCCAGUGAACUCAGCAUCCCUUUCAUUGCAUCGGGUGGUAUCGCAAAUGGAAGGGGCUUAGCAGCUGUACUGGCUCUCGGUGCUUCAGGAGCUAAUAUGGGAACACGUUUCAUGUGCACUGUUGAGAGCCCGAUUCACCAGAAUAUAAAGGAGAAGAUUGUGGCCUCAACGGAGCAGGAUACCGUGCACAUCUUCCGGACCCUGCACAACACUGCACGGGUGUUCAAGAACAAGAUAUCGCAGGAGGUCGUCGCUAUCGAGCGUCGACCAGGCGGCGCAAAAUUCGAAGACAUCCGGGAGCUAGUCUCUGGUGCUCGGGGACGAAAGGUCUACGAACUUGGAGAUCCCGACUACGGUAUCUGGACCGCAGGUAUCGCAAUGGGGUUAAUAAAUGACAUACCGACGUGCAAGGAGCUCCUGGAGACCAUCGAGCGUGAUGCAGAGGACAUUAUCAGCCGAUUAGGCAGGAUGGUGGUUCCUGAGCGUAGUGCUAAGUUAUGACAUACCUUAGACUCUAUAAGCCGUAACUUCAUUCCGGCGUAGGUUUUUACGGGUGAGACUACAACCUCUCUUUUACCUCUUUGUUAGAGUCGUACUGUAUCAUACAUGCCUACCACUUUGAAUUCUCUACACACUUGCGAAGAGGAAUCCAGUGAACAUGCGGUCAUGUGACCUACGCGCUC